GGAAGCUUCAUGUUCUGCGUGUGGAUAAAAAGAUCAAACCAGCAGGGGGCACUGUUGCAAACUGAGGCUUCACUUCACAACCAUUCAGGAGCUAGCCCAGGAAAGAUUUCCUAUAGAAACUUUUCAUACUUGUGGAACUUUAAGUCUUCUGUCAGAAAACAAGGUCUGGCGAGGCCAGCCAAGGAGAACCGCUGCGCUCCACUCUGGAUCUGGAGCAUUCUCGAGCUUGUGACGGGCAGUUUGAAGAAGAAUACCAGCCAAUCAAAUCUGUGGGGAAGGGAGCAUUUGGGUUUGUCUGGAAGGCAAUAAGACGAUGCGAUGGACAAGAAGUAAUUGUGAAGUUUAUUAGCAAAGCAAGAAUAAUGAGCGACUGCUGGGUAGAUGACCCCAUGUUGGGAAGAGUGAGCCAGGAGAUUGCCAUAUUAACCAGAGUUCAACACCAUAACAUUGUCAAGGUAGCAGAGGUGUUUGAGAAUGGAAGCUAUUUCCAGAUGGUGAUGGAGAAACAUGGAGAUGGUUUGGAUCUGUUUGAAUUCAUAGACAUGCAACCAAGACUGGAUGAGCCCCUGGCCAGCUACAUCUUUAGACAGAUUGUGGCAGCUGUUUUCUACUUGAGGGCAAAGAACAUCAUUCACAGAGACAUAAAAGAUGAAAACAUCAUAAUUGAUAAGUGCUUUCACAUCCGAUUGAUAGAUUUUGGCUCUGCGGCCAUUCUGUCUCCUGGGAAGCUGUUCUAUAAUUUUUGUGGAACGUUGGAGUACUGCUCCCCAGAGGUGCUUCAGGGAAAUGCCUAUGAGGGACCAGAGCUGGAGAUGUGGUCUCUGGGGGUUUUGCUCUACACUCUGCUGUUCAGUGAGAACCCGUUCUGUAAUGUGGGUGAAAUCCUCGAUGCCAAACUUCAGCCUCCAUUCCCCCUGUCUUCAGAGCUGCACGGUGUUUUGCAAGGCCUGCUGCACUCUAAUCCUGCAAAGAGGAUGACUUUAGACCAGCUCCUGUUGCAGUCGUGGAUCAGCCUGCAAAUUUCCCUUGCCGAAUACAGCUGGACUGAGGUGGUUCCUGCAUCUCAGAGCUUCUGUUCGCCACAGAAUCAGGAGCCAAGUCCCACUGCAUACGCGGGACAGAGCUUGUUCCCAGAUUAUGGCGAUGAGACUCUGUCGGAGGAAGAUGAGGAUGAGAAUCAGUCAAUGGCGGCCCUGGAAACUGAGCUCCAAAAAUACCUUUUUGAAGAUUGAAGACUAAAUUUGAAGCAGCAGAAAUCUUACCAGUCUGUCUGACAUUUUGUAACAUGAAGAUCUUAGUUACAAAACAAGAAAAGAUAAGCUUUUGGAAGUGAAAUCUGGUUU